AAUAAAUCCGCUUUCUUGUCAGUGAUGUCUUGCUGAAAGCUGACUGGCUGUUGCUAAGAGGUUGCUAAGAGAGAUUAAGACGCGUCGGAGUGAAGCACUCUGGGAAGUAACGUGUUCGAAAUACAAACAUGAAGCGUGUUUUCACGCUGUCAGAAAAGACCUGGUCUGCAUCUUGCUUGCAGUACAAAUGGCAGAAAACAGUAGGAAACUAUCUUGCAGUUGCAGGCCCUGACAAUUUAGUAAAAAUCUUUGAUCGGCAUGGACAGAAGGUUAAUGAGUUGAAUCUCUCUGGGAUUUGUGUGUCUCUUGACUGGGAUAAAGAUGGCGAUAUCUUGGCAGUGAUUGCAGAAAAGUCCAGUUCCAUUUACUUGUGGGAUGCAAAUGUUAACAAAACCUCACAGCUGGACAGUGGCAUGAGAGAUCAGAUGUCCUUUCUGCUCUGGUCUAAAACUGGGCCACUAUUAGCAGUUGGCACAUCUAAAGGAAACCUGCUCAUCUACAACCAGCAAACCUCACGCAAGAUUCCUGUUCUGGGCAAGCACACGAAGAAGAUCACAUGUGGCUGUUGGAGCUCUCAGAACCUCCUGGCACUGGGCAGUGAAGACCGCAGCAUAACAAUCAGCAACCAUGAAGGAGACACCAUUCGACAGACCUCUGUGAGGGCAGAUCCUGCAGAUGUUCAGUUCUCAGUGAUGAAAACAGAUGAGCGAUCAUCUCCAGGAGAAAGCACUGUUAGUGUGGCUUUAGGAAAGAAGACCUUGUUUCUGUUUAAUCUAAAUGAUCCAGAUAACCCUAUAGAACUGGCCUUUCAGCAGCGUUACGGCAACAUCAUCUCCUACCGCUGGUAUGGGGAUGGCUAUAUCAUGAUUGGAUUUUCACAUGGCUACUUUGUAGUCAUUUCAACACACAUCCGUGAGAUUGGCCAAGAGUUGUUUCAAGCCCACAAUCAUAAAGACAGCCUGACUAGCAUCGCCAUCUCUCAGUCUCUAAACAAGGCUGCGUCCUGUGGGGACAACUGUAUUAAGAUACAUGACUUGACUGAUCUGAAGGAAAUGUAUGCUAUAGUCACUCUGGAUGAGGAGACCAAAGGGCUUGAUCAGAUGUGUUGGACUGAUGAUGGGCAGUUGUUAGCCGUAUCUUCUCAGCAGGGAACUUUGCAUGUCUUCCUCACCAAGCUGCCCAUAUUGGGAGACAGCAGUGGCACUAGAAUCGCCUUUCUCACAUCCUUGUUGGAGGUCACAGUUGCCAACCAGGUGGAAGGGGAGUCCCCUGUUCCUGUUGCAGUGGAGGUGGAGCCUAGUUUUAUAGCUGUGGGACCUUAUCAUGUUGCUGUGGGCAUGAAUAACAGAGCGUGGUUUUAUGCAUUAGGAGACGAUGGUGUGGAGCGUGUGAAAGACACUGAGUAUUUAGGGACAGUGGCCAGUAUGUGCCUGAACUGUGACUAUGCUGCUGCCUUGUUUGAGGGGAAGAUCCAGCUGCAUGUGAUUGAUGGAGAUGAGCAGGUUGUGCAGGAGGACAGACAGACAAAACUGUUUCCAGAACCCGAUCAGAAAUACCGCAUCCUCAGUCAUGCUCUAACCUCUGAGUUUCUAUAUUAUGGGACGGAUACUGGCUUGAUCCAGUGUUUUUAUUUUGAAGACUGGCAGAGUGUGAAUGAGUAUCGCCACACAGUGGGUGUACGCAAAGUCUUUCCAGACCCCAAUGGAACACGUCUUGUUUUUAUCGAUGAAAAAAGUGACGGCUUCCUAUACUGUCCGGUGAACGAUUUAGUGUUUGAGAUCCCAGACUUUUCUCCUGCCAUUAAAGGGGUAUUAUGGGAAAACUGGAUCAGCAAUAAGGGUGUGUUUGUGGCGUAUGAGGAGGACAAAGUCUACACGUAUGCCUUCCACAAAGACACCAUACAGGGCUCUAAAGUGAUUCUAGUUGGUGCCACCAAGUUGCCGUUUUCCCAUAAGCCCUUGCUGUUGCAUAAUGGGGAGCUGACAUGUCAGACCCAGAGUGGGAAGAUUAAUAGUGUGGUUCUGAACACACAUUCGUUCCUCAGCAACCCACACAGUGACACCAGUAAAGACAAACACCAGUCGUUACUGCAACAGGCCAUUAUGCUGAAAAGGUUUUCCGAUGCGUGGAAUAUCUGCAAAGCUCUGAACAGAAACGAAGCAUGGGGUGAGCUGGGAAGGGCAUGUCUGCAUCACAUGGAGGUGGAACUGGCCAUCAGAGUAUACCGCAUGAUGGGAAACGUCGGCAUGGUCAUGUCCCUAGAGGAUAUCAAGGGAAUAGAAGAUCAGAAUUUGCUGGCUGGUCAUCUGGCCAUGUUCUGUAAUGACUACAACCGAGCCCAGGACUUGUAUCUGACUUCUUCAUAUCCUAUGGCAGCCCUGGAGAUGAGAAGAGACCUACAGCAUUGGGACAGUGCGUUACAGCUGGCUAAAAGACUGGACCCUGAUGAGAUCCCGUUUAUUUCUAAAGAAUAUGCCAUACAGCUGGAAUUUGUUGGAGAUUAUACGAAUGCACUGGCUCACUAUGAGAAAGGAAUAACCGGAAACAACAAGUUUCAAGAUCACGAUGAGAGCUGUCUGGCAGGUGUUUCAAGAUCAGCUAACCUGGCUGGCAAACACCCCAGCAGAGCUCUUAAGAAAGACUGUGGGGCCAUUCUGAAGAGGAUGCAGCAAUACUCAGAAGCAGCUCAGCUUUAUGAAAAAGGCCAAUACUAUGACAAAGCUGCCUCCGUCUACAUACGCUGCAAAAACUGGGCAAAGGUGGGUGAGCUCCUGCCCCACGUGACUUCCCCAAAGAUUCACCUGCAGUAUGCUAAGGCAAAGGAGGUGGAUGGCAAAUAUAAAGAGGCGGCAAUGGCCUAUGAAAGCGCACGAGACUGGGACAACGUCAUUCGAAUCCUACUGGAGCAUCUUAACAACCCUGAGGAGGCUGUACGCAUCGUACGAGAAACUCAAUCCAUCGAAGGAGCCAAAAUGGUGGCCAGGUUUUUCCUGCGUUUGAGUGAUUACGGCUCAGCAAUCCAGUUCCUGGUUUUGUCACGUUGCAGUGAUGAAGCUUUUCAGCUUGCCCAGCAGCAUGGGCAGAUGGAGGUCUACGCCGACAUCAUCGGUUCAGAGGCUACAGUAGAGGACUAUCAGAGCAUAGCGCUGUAUUUUGAGGGAGAGAAGAAUCAUCUUCAGGCUGGGAAGUUCUUUCAGAAGUGUGGACAGUACAGCAGGGCGCUGAAGCACUUUUUGAAAUGUCCUAGCUCUGAUGACAGUUUGGCCAUAGAGAUGGCCAUUGAGACGGUAGGGGAAGCCAAGGAUGAAGCUCUAACCAAUCAGCUUAUUGAUUACCUGAUGGGGGAAAGUGACGGAAUGCCAAAGGAUGCAAAAUAUCUGUUCCGGUUGUACAUGGCUCUCAAACAGUACAGAGAGGCAGCAAGAACUGCUAUUAUUAUUGCCAGAGAGGAGCAAUCUGCAGGAAACUACAGGAAUGCCCAUGAUGUUUUGUUCAGCAUGUACGCUGAGCUUCAGACACAGCACAUUAAGAUCCCAGCAGAGAUGGCCACAAACCUGAUGAUCCUGCACAGCUACAUACUAGUGAAGAUCCAUGUUAAAAGAGGAGAUCAUUUAAAGGGGGCACGAAUGCUUAUCCGCGUCUCCAACAACAUCAGCAAAUUCCCAUCCCACAUUGUCCCCAUCCUCACAUCAGCGGUUAUUGAAUGUCAUCGUGCUGGACUAAGGAACUCUGCCUUCAGUUUUGCCUCUAUGCUGAUGAGACCAGAGUAUCGCAACAAGAUUGAUCUCAAAUACAAGAAGAAGAUAGAGGCCAUGGUCCGUCGCCCAGAUACUUCUGAGGUGGAGGAGGAGAGCUCUCCCUGUCCCUACUGCGGCUUCAGCCUGCCUGAGUGUGAGCUGCUCUGUCCCGGCUGCAAAAACAAUCUGCCCUACUGUAUCGCCACAGGUCGUCACUUGGUCAAGGAGGACUGGUGUGUCUGCCCACACUGUGAUUUCCCUGCUCUCUAUUCACAGUUCACCCAGCUCUUGGAGACAGAGUCGGUUUGCCCCAUGUGUUCUGAGACCGUAAAUGUCAGUGAGGUGAAAAAAGUUUCAGACUGCUCCAGAUAUCUACAGCAGGACCAACUGGAGCGCUGAAAUCCACAAAAAGCAUGAAAAAGGGAAAAGAACGGGUAAUGAGAAAAAUCUCUUGCUUCUUUUGCUCAAACAAUGGGGGGCCAAAAUCGGAGACCUCUAAUUAAAUGAAUCUGUUUUGCAUUUUGCAUAAUCUGUCUGCUUAAGGUUUUAGUAAAUGAACAAUACUAAUUGAAUAAAAUUGUUUCAUGAUUAUUUUUGUGGACAAAACUAAAAUGGAUGAAUUGUGUAACUGUGCCCCUUGUUUCUUGUUUUUAAGAAGCAAGAAAUUAUAUUCUUUUACUGAAAAUACAAAAAUAUUAUUUAUUCAUCAAUAUUGUAGCAAUUCGCAAUCAUGUUAUAUUAUUAAUUUUAAAAUGCAGAAUAAAAAAAGAAAAUAUGUGAGCUUUUUUGUACAUUUGUAAAUGUGUAUACAUGCAUUUAUAACUACGGUAGAUGAUGUGGGCUAAACGUACAGAGGCAACUACCAACAUUUAUAAUAAGGACGACAUGAUAUUCUCCAAAACCCUCCUCCAUCUGCCACUGGUCAAACAAACAGGUAGCCUUGUCUUAAACUCAUUUACUAAAUCUGUGUUGUUAUAUCAGGCAGCUCAAACUCAAAAGCAAUGUUGAAAAAAGCAUCUAUACUUUUGAGGGACAUCAACCUAUAACUGUUGUCUCACACAUUAAAGUGGUAAAGAAGAAAAUGACACAACCAGCUUUAGUCCGAGUGAUUCGUGCUGCUGUUUUUUAGCUUGGCCACAAGAGUUCAGCACUGCAGUGUGAGCUAAUGAAAGGAGAAAGACCGUUAAUCUAACCACCCAAGUGCUGACAUUUAUGUUGAGCUGGACUGUCCGUUCAUUUUACACGUGGCCUUAAAGUUUUUAAUAUAGAGAGGCUCUAGUUUUGUUUUUUAAAUUUUACCCAUACCUUACUGCUUUUGAGAUUUAGGUCAAAUGCAUUUUGAAUAAGCUUUAAUGAACUAAAAUAGUGUAAUUGUAAUCACCGGAGUUUGUGAAAUCUGAUUUAUUUGCUAGUAUAUUUGCUUUGAGAUUCUUGUUUGUUCUUUUUAAGGGAUAUUUCAAAUUUAAUAUGACGUGCUUCUGUGUAACACAAAUAAAGAUAUUUUGAAGAAUGUUGUUAACCAAUCAGUUUUGCAAUAAAUCUCUUAAGGCACAAA